UACAACGAGCUGAACAGCAAGAUUGUCCACAAUAAGUCUUUGACUUCGCUACAAUUCGCUGCAGUUGUUGUUCACUUUGCUGAGAAUUUCAUACCAAAGACAUGGAAUCAAAUUCAAUAGAAGAACUGAGAAAAAAGAUCAAAAUACGGGAUGGAAGAAAGAUUUUAUAUCUUUCGGGUCACAGUUUGGAGGAAUUGCCUGUAGCUGUGAUGGAAUUAAUUGAGUUGGAGGAACUUUACCUGACUAAUAAUAAACUUAAAACAAUUCCUGAAAAUAUUAGAAAACUGAUUAAUCUUACUAGACUUGAUUUAUAUGGAAACCAGCUCUCCAUAUUCCCUGCAAGUCUGAGCCAGCUGAAAAAACUAAAAUGGCUGGACAUCUCAUGGAAUGAAUGGCUAACCACUGAUGCUAUUGGUGAGAUGGAGGAGCUGGAGAUACUGUUUCUGAAGGAAAACCAGUUGACUGUGUUGAGUUCAUCUAUAACACAGCUGAAGAAACUCAAAGAGCUAUACAUCACAGGUAACAAACUAACCACCAUCCCUGAUGCUAUCGGUGAGAUGGUGGGACUGGAGGUACUGGAACUGAAUUACAACAAGUUGACUGAGUUGAGUCCAGCUAUAAAACAGCUGAAGAAACUCAAAGUGCUGUCCAUCUCACAGAACCAACUUACCACCAUCCCUGAUAGUAUUGGUGAGAUGGUGGAUCUAGAGAAACUGGAUCUGAGUCACAACCAGUUGACUGUGUUGAGUUCAAACAUAAAACAGCUGAAGAAACUAGAAUGGCUUAAAAUCUCAUACAACAAACUAACCACCGUUCCCAAUGCUAUUGGUGAGAUGGUAAAUCUAAAGACAUUGAAUCUGAGUUACAACCAGUUGUCUGUGUUGCCGAGUUCAGCUAUAAAACAGCUGAAGAAACUUGAAUCUUUGUAUGUGGAUGGGAAUCCUACUUUUACAGCUGAAGGAAUGAGGAGUGUUAUGGAGCUAGAGGAUAAGAUUGACAGAGUAUAUUCAGCUAUCCCAGACUAUGUGGAAAGACUGAGGCCAGAAGGACGUGAAGUAGAGUUGGCUUAUGAAAGGGCUUUGAAAGAUGGAUAUGUAGAAGUUUACCGUGGUCGAAUCAUGCUCAUUGGCCAGGAACGUGCAGGUAAAACCAGUUUAAAGAAGAGUCUCUUAGGCCUUCCAUUUGACCCUGAAGAGCAGAGUACAGAGGGGAUUAUAGUGGAUCCAUCAAAGUGUGAAAUUGAUGUUAACCAAGUCAGAAAUUGGCAAUCCACCAACAAGAACAAACCAGUACUCUUGGAACAUGGUAAAGGUAUAGCAGAUAUUUUGUUAGGGGAUAUGCUAAGGAGGCAAGGAAAAGAUGCAGAAGAUAGUACAAGAAAAGAAGAAGAUUCAGAAGAAAGUUCAGUGGAAGACUCCUCUGAUGAUGAAGCUGAGGCAGAGGAGGACAAAGGCGGUGAAAAUUUCCAGGAUUCCAAAGAAGAAAACUCACCAAAUGAACCUGAGGUACAGAUUGACUCUUCACCUCCAGAUGACAUCAUGAAAUAUCUUCACCAGGGACUAGAGUAUGUCAAAUGUAGAGGUGACAUCAACAGAGAGGUUUUCUUAAGUUUAGACAUGUGGGAUUUUGCAGGGCAGCAUUUGUACUAUGCCAGUCACCCUAUCUUUCUAUCGUCACGAGCAUUGUACGUAUUGGUACACAAUCUUAGUAAGCCACUAGAUGCCCUAGCUGAGCCUUGCGUCAGACAAGGAACAGUUGAUAUCAGAUUGGAAAACUCCAACAAUGAAACAAAUAUAGAGAAUUUGUUGUCAUGGCUGGCCACAGUUCACAGUGUUGCCCAAGCACCAGUAACUGAUGACACAGAUAAUGAUGCACAGCACAAGUUGCCCUACCUCCGCCCCCCAGUGUUCAUUGUUGGCACGCAUGCAGACAAACCAGUUGAUGACAUUGCAGUGAUGAAAAAACAAAUAAAGGAGAGAAUUUCUGGCAAGGAAUAUGAGAAGCAUGUGGUGCGGCCUCUCUACUGCAUUGACAACACAAGGUCAUCGUUAAAAGAACCAGAUAAUGAAAUUAAUGCUGAUAACAGCUGUGGGGAUGCAAUUCAUUUGCUACAAAACAGAAUCAUGGAAGUGUUGAGAAAGGAGCCCUAUAUGGGAGAGAAAAUCCCAAUUAGCGUAUAUUUCAUUUAUGGUAUCUAUACUUCUAUUUUUAAACGUACAUGCACAGCAGCAAGUUUUAUUUUGAAGCAAGACUUAAGUUACACCCCACUUCAUUUGAUGUAUCAAAUUAACAGCAAAGAUCCUCUGUACACCAAGUACUGGCAGGAACUUGAGGGCAGUGGCAUUCUCAGCAUGGAACAUGUUGAUCAUGUUUUCUCCAGCUUUAUUGACCCAAUGCAAGGAAUUGAUAAAGAAGAUAUCCUAGGCAUGAUGGAGCAAUUUGGUUUAAUUGCUAAGUUCUCUGUUUCUCCAAAUAAUUUGAAGUACUUUGUACCCGCUCAGCUGAAGUCAUCACCUGACAAACUUUUAAAAUUGAAGCCAUCAUUAACUGAUCCAUGUCCAGUGUAUCUCUUCUUCAUGCAUGGCUUUGUCCCGCAUGGUCUGUUCUUACAGCUUGUCUCACGCUCCAUUCGUUUUUGUGCUGAAACAUGGCCGCACAUGGCUCAACCUACCCUGUACGAAAAUGGAGCACGGUUUAUCGUUGGGAAAAAUAGUCACCAUUUUGCCCUCAUUUGCAAAACAGGAUUUAUCAAGAUAAUCUUGCGACAAUUGAAGCAAAGUCAUCAGGUUGUGAAACAGAACACAGCUGAACUAGCAACUGUCAUUCGUGAAUUUCUUGAAGCAACUCUACAGGCUUUGCCUCAGGAACUGCCCUACCUGAGGCGACUGCAGUAUAGACUGUGUGUUGCCUGUCCAUAUUGUUAUCAAGGGACAGAGGAACCACUUAAAGCAUGCUCAGACCACAUCAAAACCACUUGCACACACAAGGACUGCUUCCACCUUAUUGAUGCAAAUGAGGGAAAUCCAACAAUCUGUAGUCGAGAUAUCUGGGAUGAAGAACGUACCAUCAGUGGACUGGAAAAGUGGUUCUUGAGAGGAACACGCCAGGGGUCAAGGUGUUCAAAUGUCACUGCCAAAUCACAGGGUGCAGCAGCUGGAGUUAAUCUAAUGAAGUCUGACGUGGCACUGAAGGUGACUCUUCUGGGCAGUGAAUGGAGUUCAUCAAUGGGAGGCUUGUCCACCAUAAACAGACAGCUUGCCAUUCUGUUGGGCAAACAUUCUCAAGUAGACGUCACCCUCCUUGUCCCGCAGUUUGCCUGUUCUGAAGAAGAGAGGAGAAUGGCAUCGCGUCACAAUGUAUCCCUGAGAGAGGCACAAAGACGUCCGGGCUAUACCGACCCCCUUGACUGGCUGAGUGCCCCACCUAGAGAUCUAGCCAUUGACAUAGUACUGGGUCAUGGAGCAAAGCUUGGUAAACAAGCCCAAAUUAUUAGAGAAUCGCAUCAGUGCGGGUGGAUACAGGUGGUGCAUACUGUACCUGAGGAACUUGGAAUGCACAAAAACUAUGCUAUGGCCAUUUGUAAAGGUGAAGAGAAGAAUACAACUGAAGUGGAGUUGUGUGAGUUGGCAGAUGUUGUGGUAGCAGUUGGACCAAAGUUGACGAAGGCUUACUCUUCCUACCUGCGCUCAUGUGAGAAGCACCAAGAGAUCAUUCAACUGACGCCAAGCACAUUCAGUGAGUUUUCCGACGUGAAACAAGCAGCAAUUGACAUGGAAAAGUUUAAGGUUCUAACGUUUGGCCGGGGUGAUCCAGAGGACUUCAGCCUGAAGGGCUACGAUAUCUCUGCCAGAGCAAUAGUUGAACUGAGAGACAGAUCUUGCCAUUUGAUUUUCGUGGGUGCACCUGACGGUAAACAGGAUGAGGUUGCAGAAGAUUUGCUCGAGAGUGGAAUUGAUAAAGGCCAGCUGACUGUGAGGAAGUUCGUACAGAGCAAAGAGAGAUUGAAAAAAUUAUUUUGUGAAGUUGAUCUCUGCAUGAUGCCUUCCAGAACAGAAGGUUUUGGUUUGACAGCAUUAGAAGCUUUGUCUGCCGGUCUUCCCAUUCUUGUCAGUGGUAAUUCAGGAUUUGGUGAAGCAUUGAGCACUGUACCAUCAGGCAAAUCAUUUGUGGUGGAGUCUGAGGACCCCAAAGAGUGGGCAAAGGCCAUUGCUGGUGUCCGAGAGAAGGAAAGAUCAGACCGACUUCAUGAGAUUCAGCAACUGAAGACUUCCUAUGAAGAGAUGUACAGCUGGGAGAAACAGUGUGACAUUCUUGUGGAGAAGAUGUGGGACAUAAGUAUGACACCUGAUAUUCUUUUAAGUAUGAUAAGGUUAAGUGUGUAUACAGGUCAACACCACCAGGGCCUAUCCCAGUGUUCACAGCGUGAAGUGACCAGGAGUAGUGCUGCUACUCCUGCACAGAAUGAUGGUCUUUCUAGGAGCUCUGAUAGCAGCCAGCUUGUAUCCCUUGAUGGGAAGAGGAACUGA